AAACAUUACAAAAUAUUUAUUUAAAAAAACAUUCUUAAAAUAUAUUCAUAUAAUAUAUUUUAACAGUCUUAGAUCUUAAUUUAAUAAAUGCAUCAGUUUUUUUUUUUAUAACUUGAUUUAGUCAUCAUUAAAAAAAAAACUUAAUAAAUAUUAUAUUACAUUAAAUGGUUUAUUAACCUCUUAACAAAAUAAACAAAAUGUUUUGUGCUGUUCUAAAAUAAAUCCUAAAGAUAUUGUAUAGUUUUACUGUUUAAAUAAAAACAUAUAUAAAAGAACUAUUUUAUUUCAUUAUUCUAUAGGUGGUUUAAGGGUGUGUUUAGACAUUUCACAAACAUCGAUAUUUUUUAUUUUGAUAUAGACAGUAGAUGGAAAAUAUCAAAAACAAUAAACUAAAUGCUAGUGAAGUGAAAUAACCAUUUAUAUAUUUGUUUGUCACGUAGUUUGUGAAAUGUAUAAAUGCACUUUUAAGGUGUAAAAAGGUUGAGUCAUGUACAUAAGUACAUAGCAAAAAUAAGUACAAUAAUAAAUUAAUUAUAAAAUAAUAAUAACUAUUUAUAAGGCGAAGAAUAAGAACAUAUAAUGUUAUGAACGGGAUAAGCCACAAGACCAGCGCAAGUGAUCAUAACUGCAUCAGCGAAAGUGUUCAUGGCCAUGCUGAAUUGUCUAGCUUCUGGAGCGACUUCAUUGUUUAUACGCCGAUACGUAUUAACAUAAGACGCCCCCCCUAAAAUACCUUCCCAAAAUAUUACAAGCAUUAAAAGUGGUAAAUAAGUGACGAAACCAUAAAAGACUUCUAACAAACAGAAAAUAACAUUUGCAAGUUGCAACAAUGCAAUCAACCAAAUAUUAUUAAUUUUGAUCAGAUUCAUCGACGAUCUAGAUACAAAUACGCCUAUCUGGUACAAGACACUAUACCACCUGUAUUGCUCGGAAUGAGACAGUCCUGAUUGUGGAAAAAAUAAAAGUUCAAACAAUCCUUGGUUUAUAAAAUAUUCAAACAGAUAAACUAAACCGAACGGUGCCAUAUAUGUAACGAAUAAACCUGGAAUCAACCUCAACUUAUCACGAAAACUCAACACAUCUGCUUCGAUAGGGACGUUUGCAUCAGUUUUUUGUAAACUUUCCAAAGCAUUAUCGUUACUGUUAAUUUUUGGAUGGUCCAAAAAAACGAAAAACAAUAUCGCUUCCAUAACAGGUAUUAUGAGCAUAAGUAACAAAGUUUUUUCAGGUUCUAGACCUAAUGUUGUAAGUGCUGCAUAACUGACAGAACCCACUAUACCGGCUCCUCCCGUGCCAGAAGACCAAGUAGAAAUGACGUUUUUAGUUUUGAAGAAAACCAUAUAAGAUAAUAAUGAUGAUUCUCCAAGUCCGAUAGACAAAGAUGUGCACAUCACACCUAAUAUUAUUACCCAUUUUUGAACUCUGAUGGCCACUAAAAUAAAUCCAGCGAUAGCGAGUCCAAUGGUCACUGCCAUCCUCAAGUAAAUACACAAAGGCAUAAAUGGUGAAACAAUUUUUACUAAUAUGGACGGCAUUAUAUCGGCGAGCAGUAUUAUGCCGGUACUCAUCGUGUUGCAUUCCCUUAUGUAUGUAUUGUUCGAUGAAAUAUCAUCGUCAUUAAAGUCCGCAAGGAUGUCAUGGGCUGCACUGAGCAUAACUACGUAGCCAUAAUUGUUCGCUAAGCCUAAAAACCAAAAAAUUAUCACAUUUCUAUAAUUUCUUCUACAGAACGAUGUCCUUUCUUCUGGCUGUAUUGGCAUGUUUCUAUGUGUAGUAGUCUUAUUUAAAAAAACAAUCACAGAUAAUGCGGUUCUUCUUAUUUACUAUAUUCUGUUAUAAAAUGUCCAACUACCUAUACUUUCACGAAACAUUCACAAAACAUGACAAGCGGUACCGGCUUAGCGAAUCGUACACGCCGAACUGAAGUCUAUCGACAGCAGCGAAUUCGCUUUGAAACUGCUCAUGCGCUUUUGCAUUCCUGGGAAUUAUUGAUAGUUUUUAUAUAUGACUGUGAAUCAUGUAAGAAGGAAGAAGAUGACCCCCAAGACGCAAUAAUUUACUUUUAUCCCACUUGGGUCAACAACGAGCAGAGACAUGCCCUGUGCAGUCAGUUGAUGGGCGUAACCCAAUUUUGCGCUUCUUCUUUCUCAUUACCGAAUAUCAUCUCUUUGCAGAGCGGGAAGUUCGCUCUGAAAAAGCUGGGCAGAUAUGCUUUGUGUGUGGGAACUGAUAGAAACAUACCAGAUUUAGUAUUGGAAACUCGUGCAAACAUUUUAUAUAAGUUGUUAAGGCUGUUCCAUUACAGUAUAGAAAAUUUACAAGAUUCAUCGGUAGAUGAAGAUAUUUCCGAUAAAUUGGCCGAACUACUCCAAGUCUACUUACCCAUAUUGCAAUAUGCCACUAACACAUUCGGAAACAUACCAGUAUUAAAAAUCCCUAAGAGUACCAGUACCCUUUACUUGGAAGCAAGACAAACUUUACAAGGAGUCGUUGCAACUCAGUUAAAUAAAACUUUUACGAAACAGCUCGUGGUGACCGACCCUUACAGAAUUAAGCUUCCGGCAGAGACGGUAGUAACAUCUUUUCAUCUUCCGUUCGGUGUGCAGCUUAUUAAGGUUUACGUUCCAGCAAGUGAAAUAAAGAGACUGCAGACAGAAAAUGAUGAAUUACUGGAUGCGUUAAAAGAUGUGAGCAAUUGGAGGAAAGAACUACAAAAUUCUCAAAGUCAAAACACAAAUAAGAAUAGUUGUGUGAAGCCUCCUGAAUCCUUUGUUUCCAUGUGUGGUAUGAAAAGAGAUGUUUCUCGCAUCUUCACGGUACUUGAGGAAGAAGGAAAUGAAAACCUUGAAACGAGAGAUCAGACAGACAUUCCUGAUGUUGUCCGCGAUGCUGUUAAAGCACGACAUCUCGCCAGAAUUGAGGCUGUUGUGAAUCCUGAUUGGUGCGAUUCUCCUCCUAAGGCUAGAAAUCCAAGGCCUUAUUAUAACACCAUCUGUGAUCCAAAAUAUCCAUUAUUUAAAUAUGACGGACUUCCAGCCUCAGUUUCCCUUUCGGAAUCUCGAAUCAUGAAACAGUUUGAAGUGUUGAAAGAUGAAAAACAGCCUGUCAAAAGCUUAAAUUUUGGAAAACCUCAAAAUGGGAAUGUCAUAAUGGAAGCUGCUGAUAAACUGCCCGAAGUAAAGCCGCAGCAAAAAAUUAAAUCUUCGUUUACAUUACCUCUCAAGUCAACUUCAGGUUCGAAAGGGCCUCAUGGAAUCCCUCUUACACCACUGCUGGCAAGGCUGUCCCUUUUAGCAGAAGAAGGAAGCACGAUAGAAACUCCCUUAAAGACACCAUUAGCUUUUGGAAACAAAAUUAAAGAAAUAAAAACUCAAACAGGAGAUAUGAAUGAUGCAAAGCCGAAAAAAGAAAAAUUUAAUAUUCCAGUCAACAGCGAUAAAGAUGAAGACGAUCUUACCACCUCAGUACUUUAUGUGUUUGGUAUCGGCAACACUUCUGUGCUACUUUUAGUUGAACCUGAGGUGGCGAUUCAACCAGAAGUGAUACACACAUUGUGGGAAAGGAGCAUGACUUCCUUGAAACAUAUGGAUGUCCGUUUGAGCACCUGCUUAAACGCUAACGAGUCCAGCGGCAGUACCGAUUACAGCUAUUCGCUGGUAGAUUCCAAUUGGGGACCGAUAGAAAGAGGCGGAGCGUAUCAUCCUCACCAGCUGGAACUCCUCACCGUUUUACACCACACUCUUUCCAAGCGCCCGUUUAUCACUGAUAUCCUUGUCAGAUCGGAAGAUACAAUAACUUAUGGAUAUCAGUGUGCAGAUACGCAAGUGUUUUAUCAAGAAAACAAUUGUUCAAAUAAUAUCGGUCUUCCAACUCCUUCCGAUCUCAUGGGUGUGAUACCACUCAAAGCCAGGCGUAUAUUAGAACGUGAUCAUGGCAUCAUACUUCUUUAGAAUAGUCGCAUGGUUCAUCGGAUGUGCCAUCGUAAAUCUUCAAUCUAGUCAUAUUGUCAUCGGAGAUGUGAUAGUAGUUAUUAUAUGCGAUAUUUAUUUAUAUUUAAUUUAGUCUUCCUAACUUCGCAUUAAGCUAGGUUUCCACAUGACAAAUUUAUUAUUAUUAUUAUUAUUAUCAGGAACAUUACAAUCUUCAUUGGGUUGCAAAUAUUUUUUUCAGAGAAUAUCCUUGAUUUAUGUACUAGAUACUAUCGUUCUGUUACUGCUACCCUACUAAAUUUCACCUACGCCCUUCAUGAAGUAUUAUUGAAAUGCUACGCAUAUAAUAAUUAAUUUCAUUUAGUACUUCAUUCAUUGGAAUCAUUUUUAGUAUAACAAGAAUCUUUCUGUAUAUUAAAUUGCUUCCAAGAAAACUUCAUUUUUAUGUAUAGAGAUAAAGAUGUAGAUACUGAGCUAAUCGAUUGUAUUGGAUCCGUCUUUAAAUUGGGUGGAACAAUGACAUCGAUAAACUCAACGCUUAGUUUAGGAACUUACCUAUACAUUGAGUUUUAUUUCUGUAUAUAAGAAAUGAAGUUUCCUUGAAAAACGAUUCAAUAUAUAGAAAGAUUUUUGUUAUACUAAAAACACUUCCAAUUUAUGAAAUAUCAAAGGAAAUUAUUUAUAAUAUUAUAUGCAGUGCAUUUCAAUACUGUUUCAUUAAUUUUAUCAAAUUUUCAAGGAUUAAAUAAAUUAUAAUUUCCUCUAAAACUGCAUAAUUUUGUUUGUCAUAUUUUUUUUAAAUUAUUAUUAAGUUGAAUUAUUAUUUCAAACUUAAUAAGUUUUAUUUAGGAGCUAUGUUCAUAAAAUAAAUUUAAAAAUGAAAAUUUUAUUCUAUACUUCUUCAUUCUUUUUCAAAAGCAACUAAUGUCUCUGGCAAAAUGCAUGUGGAAACCUUUCUUAAAAUUAUCUUUUUCUUUAAAAAAAAGAGUUGUUUUUAAGAGAAAAAAAAAGUAUCGUCGGUGCUCUGACAUAUCCUUUUGGAAAUUUAUAUAUUAAAAAGUAUUAGCAUAAAAAAAAAAGAAAUAAAUUCUUCAUGAGAGUUAAUAUUCCUACAGUAGAACAACAAAAUAUUUAAAUCCAAAAAGUCAUAAGUCUUUUAAUAGCAGAUUCCUGUGGAUCUUUUGUUUCCUCUCUAUUGCUUGUGGAAAUAACUUAAUUGUUAACCUUCUCUAUAAGUUGCUUAGGUUUUUGUGGCUUUCAAACAAUAUGGUAAAAUGGAUAUACAAGUUUUCUCCCAUCAAUGUUGAUUUUCUGUUCUAUUAAAAAAUGAAUUAUGAAUUGUUUGUUUAACCUUUGUUCAUGUUAUUAUUAAAUUUAAAUGUUGAUCUUUAAUUAUCUUAUUGCAUUGAAUAUAAGAAACACAAAUUUAAGGUGAAUCUGGUUAUUGGUCCCCAACCCAUUUUCUUUUGCUGAUUUUUUUAUUUUACCAGAAUAUAAUUAAUAAAUCAUAUAUUGUCAUCUUAUCAUAUACAAAAAUGAAUUCCCCCUUGCAAUACGGAGGUAUGGUUUAUUCAUACCAAAAUACUGAGACAGUCGACUGUCAUUUCUCAUUGUAUAAACACAUCUUACCAUGUUAAGAAUUUUUUCCACAUUAAUACAAGCUUGAGGUUGUGGAACUUCCCCCUCCCAAACUGAUAUAAUUCAGAAACUUUAAAUUAUUGAGUAAUAAGUUAUAGAAGGUAGCGCAUGUAUAAAUUCUGUUUUUAAAAAUGUAUUUUAUAAAUAUUUUAAUUUUGUUUGAGGAAAUUGAUCUAUUGUUAUAUUAUUGAUAUUGAUAUACUUAUAUAUCUAUCCAAGAACUUUCUUAUUAGGUAUCUGUCUUUCUUUCUAAUAUAUUUGAAUUAUUAACGGUAUUAGGAAAACAUUUUUAUUUGUAUGAAGAAUAUAUUGUCGGUUUGUUGCAAAAAGGGAUUGACAUUUCAUAACUUUAAAUAAUUAAGAGCUUUAAUGAAUUUUCUCUUUAUGAAAACAUAAAAUUAUGUACCCAGUGAAACAAUAUAUGAUAAAAAAGAGUGUGUGCUAUUUUUAUGCACUUAUGGUGUUUUUGCAUAUAAAAACUUGGAUUUUCUAUUGUUCUGCUGAAAAUUGGUCCAGUGUUUAUACGAAGUUGUUUGUAGCUCAUGAUGUCUGCUAUCAUUCCUAUAAAAAUUUCUCUCUACUUACAGAAUACCCUGUAUAAUGAGCAUGAAACAAAAUUUCAGUAAUUUUGUCUGAAAUGCCUUACAAUUUCGUUUGAUUCUUAUUCAUCAGUAGACUAUCUUCAAAGUCUUAUAUAAAAGAUGAAUUUGAAAUUUUGAAGCCUCCAAAUUAAUGGUUAUUGUCAGAGUAUAUUUAUGAUUUUAAUAAAAUUAGACUAUAAUAAAUUCAAAUUUGUGUAGUUGCAAGUGCUUUCAAAACAAAGGUUGUAACUAAUUAUUAUUUAAUGAAUUUUAAGUGAUAAAGAAAGGUUUUGUUACAAUAAUUAAUUAAUACAAACUCUAUAGACUUAAUUGACAGUUAGGAACAACUUUUUUUAACUUGUUUUGUCAAAGAACUUGGAAUUUUUAAUUACAUUCCUGUUUAAUUUUAUUGGUACUUAAAAAGAUUAGUAACUGUUAGUUACUUUUAUAUUUUGAAUUUAUUUAAAAGAUAUUGUCAAUGUUUGUAUGAAAUAAAAGAUUUAUUAUUUAUUUCCAUGUUAGCGAACAAAAUUAUUUAAUUAUGUAUUCGAUGGGCAUUGCUUGUUGUUGAUGUUUUUAUACCUGUGGUGGAUAAUAUGUAUGGUACUUAAUAUAUAACUUGAUAAAUGAGUUUGUUUUAAUUUUUACCUGCUCAUUUGUAAUAUAAAUCAUUUCUCACCUCUAUUUCCCAGUUGUUAUUUAUUUAUAAGUUAUUAUCAAUUAUAGGAAUAUAAAGUCUUGUUCCAUCCUGUAAACUAUGAAAAGACAUAACAUUCGUCACCUUGGAAAUACUGUCUCACUAUCAAGUUGCUCACAAUCGACAGUAACUGUUGCACAUUAUAUAAACUAAUGAAAUAAUGAUGACAUCAGCUGUUCAUUAUUCUAUUUCCUCUGCCACUGCCUUGAC